AUGAUGACCCAACCAUAGUUCAGCUUACUGUUUUUUGUUCUGUUUUUUUUUUUUUUUGAAAGUAGCUUGUUGUUUUUCUUUAUUCAGUCCUUUAAUAUCUACUUACUACAGUAUUUGCUUUCGAAGUGUUAAAUGCAAAUUCUGUCAGUGAAAGAGAAGUGAAGACAAAAACAGGAAGCUGUUAGGAAACUGAGAGUGAUGAGCUGGCACGUUUUGAUUGGAUUAUAAAACAAAAGACCAAAAGAGUCAACUUAAACAUUGACUGACUCCAAAGCAGUCCUAUGCAUCCUAAGUUUAAGCUGGUCUUCUUUUUUGAGAUUAUUUUAAUCGAUUACCAAAAUAUCUUCUGGGCUCAGAAAGAGAGUAUGGUUCACUUAUAAGUUAGAGAAGGGAGCAAUUUAAGCUGAAUAUUACAGAGAUUUAGCUGUAAAAAUGGCAUACAAUAGGCGGUCUGAUCAGCCCACACAGAGACUUCAGCGGGCUCAGACAGCCAGGAAUGUACUGGAGCCAAUGCUGGACAGUGAAGUGGUGCCUUCUUCACUGGUGGAUAUUGCACCAAUUCUUCGGGUUGCUAAUGAAGUUGAGGCUAAAAACCCAAGAGUUGCUUAUCUCUGUCGGUUCUAUGCCUUUGAGAAAGCUCAUAGACUAGAUCCCAAAUCUAGUGGCCGUGGUGUUCGUCAAUUUAAAACUGCACUUCUUCAGCGUUUAGAAAAGGAAGACAAGACAACAUUAGAAGGAAAGGUAAAAAGUGAUGCUCGUGAAAUGCAAAGCUUUUAUAGGAAAUAUUAUAAGGAAUAUAUUCAAGCUCUGCAACAAGUUGACAAUGCUGAUCGCACCCGACUGACAAGAGCAUAUCAAACUGCUAAGGUGCUGUUCGAAGUUUUGAGAGCUGUCAAUCAGACAGAGGCCGUCCCUGAAGAGAUUUUGGAGGCUCACACCAAGGUUGAAGAAAAAUCACAGUUAUAUGUACCUUACAAUAUUCUUCCACUUGAUGCUGAAGGUCAAAAUCAUGCUAUCAUGAAUUAUCCUGAGAUCAAAGCAGCUGCUUCGGCUCUUCGUAAUACUAGAGGUUUGCCAUGGCCAAGGGAGCACAAAAAGAAAGAUGAUGAAGACAUUCUAGACUGGCUCAUGCUCAUGUUUGGUUUUCAGGGGGAUAAUGUAGGAAAUCAAAGGGAGCAUUUGAUUUUGUUGCUUGCUAAUGUGCACAUGCGACAAUGGCCAAAGCCUGAACAAUACAAGAUAGAUGAUCGUGCUCUGACAGAAGUAAUGAAGAAACUUUUCAAAAACUACAAGAAGUGGUGCAAAUACUUGGAUCGCAAAAGUAGCCUAUGGUUGCCGAGUAUUCAACAGGAUGUUCAGCAGAGAAAAUUACUAUACAUGGGUUUAUAUCUUCUAAUAUGGGGAGAAGCUGCUAAUCUGAGAUUCAUGCCAGAAUGCCUUUGCUAUAUAUACCAUCAUAUGGCAUUUGAAUUGUAUGGGGUGUUGAAUGGAACUAUGAGUCCAAUGACUGGGGAACCCACAAAGCCAGCCUAUGGUGGUGAAAAGGAGGCUUUUCUCAAAAAAGUUGUAACUCCAAUAUAUAAUAUCAUUGCACAGGAAUCUCGAAAAAGCAAAGGAAAAUCAAAGCAUUCUCAGUGGAGAAACUAUGAUGACCUGAAUGAAUACUUUUGGACUGUCGACUGUUUUAAGCUAGGUUGGCCUAUGCGUGCUACUUCUUCUUUCUUUUGCUGUCCUAAUGAUAACAAAGUUGAUACUCAUGAUAGAGACAAGGAAAGGAGUGCUCCUAAUGUGGAUCGAUGGAUUGGAAAAUCGAACUUUGUUGAGAUUCGCUCAUUUUACCAUAUAUUUAGGAGCUUUGAUAGAAUGUGGAGCUUUUAUAUUUUGAGUUUACAGGCCAUGAUCAUAGUUGCAUGGAAUGGGUCCGGAGAAUUAAGCUCCAUAUUUGAGGCGGAUGUUUUCAAUAAAGUUCUGAGUAUCUUUAUUACUGCUGCCAUAUUGAAGCUAGGACAAGCCACUCUUGAUGUAAUUUUGAGCUGGAAAGCUCGGAAGAGCAUGUCCUCUUAUGUCCAGCUAAGAUAUAUCUUAAAGGUUAUAUCAGCUGCAGCGUGGGUUGUUAUCUUACCUGUGACUUAUGCAUAUGGGUUGAAAAAUCCUUCUGGGUUUGCACAGACGAUGAAGAACUGGUUUGGAAAUGGUCCAGGCUCAUCUUCUGUGUUCAUUAUGGCUGUUGUAAUUUACUUAUCUCCAAAUAUGCUGUCCUUAUUGUUGUUUCUAUUCCCAUUCAUUCGCCGACCUCUUGAAAGAUCCAACUAUACAAUUUUGACAGUCAUGAUGUGGUGGUCUCAGCCUCGGCUCUAUGUUGGAAGGGGAAUGCAUGAGAGCUUAUUUUCACUUUUCAAGUACACCAUGUUUUGGGUUCUCUUGCUUGUAUCAAAAUUAGCAUUCAGCUACUAUCUUGAGAUUAAGCCUCUUGUAGGUCCAACAAAAGCCAUUAUGGAAAUUCAUAUUUCAACCUAUCAAUGGCAUGAGUUCUUCCCCCAUGCCAAUAAUAACAUUGGAGUGGUGAUUGCACUUUGGGCUCCUAUUCUCCUUGUCUACUUCAUGGAUACUCAAAUUUGGUAUGCUAUUUUCUCCACAAUAUUUGGAGGUAUAUAUGGUGCAUUUAGGCGUCUUGGUGAGAUUCGGACUCUGGUCAUGCUAAGGUCUCGAUUCAGAUCCAUUCCAGGUGCUUUUAAUGAUCUUUUAAUUCCAAAGGACAAAAGUGAGCAUACGAAGAAGAAGGGGAUAAAGGCUGCUUUCUUUCGCAAAGACAAAGAGGUUCUAUCUAAAACGCGGGAGGCAACAAAAUUUGCCCAGUUGUGGAAUGAAAUAGUCAAUAGUUUCAGAGAGGAAGAUCUUAUAAGUAACAGGGAGAUGGACUUAUUACUUGUUCCAUACAUGGCUGAUCCAGAUUUGAAGCUUAUCCAAUGGCCUCCCUUCUUACUUGCAAGCAAGAUACCAAUAGCAUUGGACAUGGCAAAAGAUAGCAGUGGACAAAGGUCACAAGACAAUGAGCUCAAAAAGAGAAUAAAUAAGGACGAGUAUAUGCUUUGUGCUGUUGAAGAGUGUUACUCAUCAUUUCAAAGUAUCAUUCGUUUUCUGGUUUUAGGACACCGUGAAACAACGGUUAUAGACAAUAUUUUCUCCUCAAUUGAUGAGCAUAUUAAAAAAGAAGAUUUGAUAUCAGAACUGAACAUGAGUGCUCUGCCUGACCUCUAUGAACAAUUUGUUAUUCUGAUAAAAUAUUUGUUAGAUAACAAAGCAGAAGACAAAGAUGAGGUUUCAAUCAUCUUGCUAAAUAUGCUAGAGAUUGUUACAAGAGACAUACUGGAGGAUGAAUCGCCAAGCUUGCUAGAGUCUAGCCAUGGUGGUGGCCUUUAUGAAAAGGAUGAGGGCAUGAUGCCGCUUGAUCAACAAUACAAGUUUUUCAGUGAACUUAGGUUUCCUGUGACCUCAGAAACCGAUGCUUGGAAAGAAAAAAUUAGAAGGAUUCAUCUCUUGCUCACAGAGAAGGAGUCUGCUAUGGAUGUACCAUCUAAUUUGGAAGCUAGAAGGCGCAUUUCUUUCUUCUCCAAUUCAUUGUUUAUGGAAAUGCCUCCUGCUCCCAAAGUUCGAAAUAUGAUUUCCUUCUCAGUUCUAACACCAUACUACACAGAGGAAGUAACAUUUUCUGUUUCUCAAUUGGAAGAACAAAAUGAAGAUGGAGUUUCUAUUCUCUUUUACUUGCAAAAAAUAUUUCCAGAUGAAUGGACAAACUUUCUUGAACGUGUUAAUUGUUUAAGUGAAGAAGAACUCAUGAGCACUGUGGAACUACAAGAAAAACUUUGUCUAUGGGCCUCAUACAGGGGUCAGACAUUGACAAAAACAGUUCGAGGCAUGAUGUACUACCGAAAAGCAAUGGAACUUCAGGCCUUCUUGGACAUGGCUAAGGAUUCUGAUCUCAUGAAAGGCUACAAGGCUGCUGAAUCGGACAAUGCAGAGCUAGGUGAAAGGUCAUUAAUGGUACAAUGUCAAGCAGUAGCUGAUAUGAAGUUCGCAUAUGUUGUGUCAUGCCAGCAAUAUGGCAUUGACAAACGAGCAGGGGAACGUCGUGCUAAUGACAUUUUGAAACUUAUGAGAACGUAUCCAUCACUUCGAGUAGCUUACAUUGAUGAGGUUGAAGAACCAGUUAGUGAAGACAAAUCGGUAGAGGCAAGUAAAGAAAAAUCCAUUGGAGCUAGUAAAAAUAAAUUCAAACCAGAAGUUCAGAAAGUCUAUUACUCAAAACUUGUGAAGGUGCCAGCUAAGCGAAGUGAUUCUUCUGAGCUAGUGCAAAAUCUAGAUCAGUUAAUAUAUCAGAUAAAGCUACCAGGACCUGCAAUGUUGGGUGAGGGGAAACCGGAGAAUCAAAAUCAUGCCAUUAUAUUCACACGUGGUGAAGCAUUGCAAACUAUAGAUAUGAACCAAGAUAACUAUUUAGAAGAAGCCUUCAAAAUGAGAAAUUUGUUGCAAGAACUCCUUGAAAAACAUGGUGAUGUGAGAACACCAACAAUACUGGGACUAAGGGAGCAUAUAUUCACUGGAAGUGUCUCAUCUCUGGCCUGGUUUAUGUCAAAUCAGGAGAAUAGUUUUGUUACCAUUGGGCAGAGAUUGCUGGCUAACCCUCUAAAAGUUCGCUUCCACUACGGUCAUCCUGAUGUCUUUGAUAGGCUGUUCCACCUGACAAGAGGAGGUGUUAGCAAAGCUUCAAAAAUCAUCAACUUAAGCGAGGACAUAUUUGCAGGAUUUAAUUCUACACUGCGUGAAGGAAAUGUAACUCAUCAUGAGUAUAUUCAAGUUGGUAAAGGAAGGGAUGUUGGACUCAACCAGAUCUCAGUGUUUGAGGCAAAGAUAGCUAAUGGGAACGGCGAGCAGACUAUAAGUCGUGAUAUAUAUAGGCUUGGGCAUAGAUUUGAUUUUUUCCGGAUGUUGUCAUGUUACUUUACCACAGUUGGCUUCUACUUCAGCACCUUGCUGAGUGUGCUCACAGUCUAUGUGUUUCUCUAUGGCCGUCUUUAUCUUGUUCUUAGUGGACUUGAGGAGGGGCUGCGAACUCAGCCAGCUAUUCGAGAUAAUAAGUCUCUUCAAGUAGCUCUUGCUUCUCAGUCUUUUGUCCAAAUUGGACUUUUGAUGGCUCUGCCUAUGGUGAUGGAAAUUGGUUUAGAAAGGGGGUUCCGGAAUGCACUAACUGAUUUCAUAUUAAUGCAAUUACAACUAGCACCUGUAUUUUUCACAUUUUCGCUUGGAACAAAGACGCACUAUUAUGGAAGAACUCUGCUCCAUGGAGGGGCUGAAUAUAGAGGAACAGGCCGUGGAUUUGUAGUGUUCCAUGCAAAAUUUGCUGAAAACUAUAGAUUCUAUUCAAGGAGUCAUUUUGUCAAGGGCAUUGAACUAAUGAUUCUGCUUCUAGUUUAUCACAUUUUUGGUUAUUCAUAUACGGGUGUAGUUGCAUAUGUCCUCAUCACUGUAUCAAUGUGGUUUAUGGUAGGAACAUGGCUUUUUGCUCCUUUUCUCUUCAACCCAUCAGGAUUUGAGUGGCAAAAGAUAGUCGAUGACUGGAAUGACUGGAAUAAGUGGAUAAGCAAUCAAGGUGGCAUUGGCGUCUCUCCUGAUAAGAGUUGGGAAUCUUGGUGGCAAAAAGAACAACAGCAUCUUCGACACUCUGGGAUGCGCGGUGCCAUUGCUGAGAUACUGUUAGCGCUCCGCUUUUUCGUUUAUCAAUAUGGUCUUGUGUAUCAUUUGAGCAUCACAAAGAAAACCAAAAGUUUUCUGGUUUAUGGUAUUUCGCUACUCGUAAUUAUUGCAGUUUUGCUUUUGACAAAGGUUGCAUCUAUUGGAAGGCGAAGAUUUAGUGCACAGUUUCAGCUACUGUUUCGACUUUUUAAGGGAUUUGUUUUUCUAUCAUUUUUAACUCUUUUCAUCACCUUAAUUGCACUCCCCCAUAUGACACUUCAGGACAUUGUAGCAAUCAUUCUUGCCUUCAUGCCAACUGGAUGGGGAUUGCUCUUGAUUGCGCAAGCUUGUAAGCCACUAAUUGAAAAUACUGCAUUGUGGGCAUCAGUUAGAACACUUGCACGUUAUUAUGAAGUAAUCAUGGGAAUGAUCCUCUUUAUUCCUGUUGCAUUCUUGGCUUGGUUCCCUUUCGUUUCGGAAUUUCAGACACGAAUGUUGUUUAACCAAGCAUUCAGCAGAGGUUUGCAGAUUUCUCGUAUUCUUGGUGGACAAAGGAAGGAUCGCUCAUCACGAAUAAAAAAAUAGUUCAUUUAAUUCCAAAGGAGUACUGGAAAAUCUGUUUGAAUUGAAUUGAAAGGAUUCAUAUAAAAUGUAUAUAGUUUGUUGUAUGCUUUUCUUUCAUAGAUCUAUAUUAUAUUCAGAUACUUCGAAGUGAUUGAUAAAUAUGUAUAUUUAGGUGGCCUUUGUAUA